AUGCCUAUUCCCGAGUCCGAGUAUUUGAGUCCGGUCUGGAAGGAUGGCAUCUUUAACAACAGAGUCGCCUUUGUCACCGGCGGCGCUGGAAGCAUUUGCAGUGCUCAAACUCGCGCUCUUGUCCGCCUAGGAGCAAAUGCCUGCAUCAUCGGCCGCAAUGUCGAAAAGACAGAGUCCAUGGCAAAGGACAUAGCCACAGCCAGGCCUGGUGCAAAGGUCAUUGGUAUCGGCGGCUGUGAUGUUAGAAAUCCCCAAAGCCUGCAAGACGCCGCAGAUCGAUGCGCCAAGGAGCUCGGCGGCAUCGACUUUGUCAUUGCGGGAGCUGCUGGCAACUUCAUCGCACCCUUGUCCGGCAUGAGCCCCAAUGCAUUCAAGGCGGUCAUCGAUAUUGAUGUCUUGGGCACUUUCAACACUGUAAAGGCUACCAUUCCCUACCUGGUAGAGUCGGCAAAGAAGAAUCCCACGCCCAGCCAAAACGGCCUGACCGGAGGCCGCAUCAUUUUCGUCUCUGCCACAUUCCACUGGACAGGUAUGCCGCUGCAAGCACAUGUCUCAGCCGCCAAAGCGGCCGUCGAUGCUCUCAUGGCCUCGGUGACGUUGGAGUAUGGCCCGUUCGGAGUCACAAGCAAUGUGAUUGCCCCCGGGCCGAUCAAGGAUACGGAGGGCAUGCAACGGCUGUCAAGCAGCAAGCAGGACCAGGCCAAGGCCAACGCCGUGGUGCCGCAGGGUCGGUGGGGCGUCAUCCGGGACAUUGCCGAUUCCACCGUCUACCUCUUCAGCGACGCCGGCAGCUUCGUCAACGGUCAAGCAAUCCCUGUUGACGGCGGUGCUUGGAGACGCCAGGGUGCACUAGCGGUUGGAACAGAUGACGACAUGCAAUACCCGGAUUUCCUUCUAAAGGGAGAAAUCUCAAAGCACCCCUGGUGGGGUAGGGAGGAUCACCUCCAGCAAGUCCGCGGACAAAGGAAUUCCAUCGACCGGGGGUGGAGAGAUUGCCGAGCCGCCCCGCGGACGGGAGCGGAGAUGCUUGCUGCUGCAAAGCUGCCCCCGAACACACUUUUUUUCUUACCGGGUCGGUCACCAAGCCAACUAAUUAGCGUCUUCCAAAGACCGGACAGGCUUACCAUUGGCGGAGACUUCAGGAACAGCUUGACUAAUUGGCCACACGAAUUGCUACGCAGACGUGAGUGGCAUGGUGGUGGCAUCCAUCCAUUCCCGCCGUCGCCCGCCAUGCGGAUAAGCAGCAAGACUCACCCGCUCGCGCCGCCCACGGACCUGGCCCGGUGGAUGCUGAUCCAUGGCGGGUCGAACCAUGCUAGGGAUUGGGGAGGAGGCAUGGAACAUUUGUCGCUGAACCAUGUGGCCGGCGGUACCCGGCUGCGCGAGGGACUCGAGGAGACUCCCGAUCGUCUUAGUCUCUUCAACUCUCCUUAUCUCAACGGCUGUUUUCACACUUGGGCGGGUACUCGACUUGUGUGCAGCAAGUUGCUGGUAGUUCAACUGGUUAAUAUCGAAGUCCAACAACACAUCACCAACAUGGGACUUAAGCACCUCCUGGCAAUGGGCCUGCCCAUCAUGCCCGCGGCCGCAGAGACCGUCCUCGGCAUCUACGUCUUCCACCGCCACGGCGACCGCACAGCCAAGAAGACGCCUCCCGUCCGCUUCACCGACCUCGGCGCCUACGAGGUCUACACCUCCGGCCUGGAAUACGGCCGGCUCUACGUCCGCGAAAACGCCACCCACCAGAUCCGCAACAUGAGCACCGACGACGUCCUCCCGGAGCAGCUCUCCGUCACCUCCCCAACCGACGUUGUCCUGCAGUCCUCGGCCAACGCCUUCCUCCAGGGCUUCUACCCGCCCUCCGGCACCGUCGAGGCCCUCGCCAACGGCUCCAGCGUCGAGGCGCCCCUCGGCGGAUACCAGUACAUCCCCGUCAACGCCGUCGCCACGGCCUCCACCAGCACAAACGCCGAGAGCAGCGAGUGGCUCCAGGGCGGCAGCGGCUGCGGCAAAGCCGUCGUCAGCUCCAACAACUACUUCUCCUCGCCCGAGUACGCCGCCGUCGACGCCGAGUCCCGCGACUUCUACCAGAGCCUGCUGCCCGUCAUCAACGGCACGUUCGGCGCAAAGGCCGCAACCUUUGAAAACGCCUACUCCAUCUUCGACCUCAUCAACGUCGCCAGGAUCCACAACGACAGCAUCCCCUCCGAUUCCCUCCUCACCAACGCCACCAUCCGCUCGCUGACCGACUACGCCAACAUCCACGAGUGGAACCUUGCCUACAACGAGAGCGACCCCAUCCGCGCCGUCGCCGGCAAGGUGCUGGCCGGCCAGGUCCUCCAGGCCCUCAACGCGACGCUCAAGGACGCAGCAAAGUCCUCCUCCGUCAAGGCCAACAUCCAGUUCGGCGCCUACGCCAGCUUCUCGUCCUUCUUCGGCCUCGCCCAACUGCAAAAGGUCUCGGCCGACUUCCAGACCGUCGUCGACUACGCUUCCUCCAUGGUCUUUGAGCUCGUCACCAACGCCACCUCCGCCAGCCCCGCCGCCGACGACGUCGCUGUCCGCUUCCGCUUCGCUAACGGCUCCGCCGGCAUUAACAACCUCACCGUCUACCCGCUCUUUGGACAGUCCGAGACCGUGAUUCCCUGGAACACUUUCGUUACUCAGAUGCGCCAGUUCGCUAUUGAGGACACUAAGACCUGGUGCACCGCCUGCGGCAACUCCACCGGCACCUGCGCCACGGCCCUGGGUCUGGAUGGCAGCACCGACGCCAACGGAACCGGCUCAAGCGGUAGCAAGGGAGGCGUCUCGACUCCCGUGGCGGGCGUCAUCGGCGCGCUGGUGACGCUGGUCGUGAUCCUGGGCAUCCUCGGCCUCGUCAUGCUCAUCGGUGGCCUGCGUCUGGUCAAGAAGUCCAAGAUCGCAAAGGAUGUCCCUGCCGCUUCUACUGCGGAGCAGACUGGUGGUGCCAAGCACUGA